CAACACAAACAAACAAACAUACAAAACUCAGUUCUCAAUUCUCAGUUCUCUCUCGAUCUCGCAUCUCGACGAUUUAGAAGAAGAAGAAGAGCGAUGGCCCGUACGAAGCAGACUGCUCGAAAGUCGACCGGCGGCAAGGCUCCGAGGAAGCAACUGGCGACGAAGGCUGCCCGGAAGUCGGCCCCGACCACCGGAGGAGUGAAGAAGCCGCACAGGUACCGGCCUGGAACCGUGGCUCUCCGUGAAAUCCGAAAGUACCAGAAGAGCACGGAGCUGUUGAUCAGGAAGCUUCCGUUCCAGAGGCUUGUUCGUGAAAUCGCUCAGGACUUCAAGACGGACCUGCGUUUCCAGAGCCACGCCGUGUUGGCCCUGCAGGAGGCGGCGGAGGCCUACCUCGUUGGGCUCUUCGAGGAUACUAAUCUGUGCGCCAUUCAUGCCAAGCGUGUUACUAUUAUGCCCAAGGAUAUCCAGCUUGCAAGGAGAAUCAGGGGUGAGAGGGCUACGCUCUACGAUUUAGAAGAAGAUCCAUCCAUGGCCCGUACGAAGCAGACUGCACGGAAGUCCACCGGCGGCAAGGCUCCGAGGAAGCAACUGGCGACGAAGGCUGCCCGGAAGUCGGCCCCGACGACCGGAGGAGUGAAGAAGCCGCACAGGUACCGCCCUGGAACGGUGGCUCUACGUGAAAUCCGAAAGUAUCAGAAGAGCACGGAGCUGCUGAUCAGGAAGCUUCCGUUCCAGAGGCUUGUUCGUGAAAUCGCUCAGGACUUCAAGACGGACCUGCGUUUCCAGAGCCACGCGGUGUUGGCGCUGCAGGAGGCGGCGGAGGCCUACCUUGUUGGGCUCUUUGAGGAUACUAAUCUGUGCGCCAUUCAUGCCAAGCGAGUCACAAUUAUGCCCAAGGAUAUUCAACUUGCUAGGAGAAUCAGGGGUGAGAGGGCUUAAUUAAGCAUGCAUCCUGCGGUUUAAUUGUUUGAAUCUGUCAAUCGAUCAUGAAUACAUGAUAAGGGGAUUGCUUUUGUUUUGAGGGAUUUCAAUGAGAAAGACACUGGUUGCAAUUAGGAUUGUCUUCAACCUCCUUUAUUUUCAUUUGUUUAAUUAUUUCCGAAUUUCUCUUCCCCUAAUUUUGUGUUCACAAUAAGUCUAAAAUCACACAAGUUAGUGUUAUCGAUCAUUUGCUCGUAACUAUUGUAAUUACAUGUAUGAUUUGUAAGCUAAUGAUAUAGCUUAUGUAUAGAACUAGA